UAGGUUCGGUUCUCCCGCGAGUUUUAACUGCCGAAAUCAUAGUACAACCUGUUGUCUUCUCCUCAAUCCUUCACCAUAGCUCUCUCUCUCUCCCUUAAAUUCACUCCUCCUUCCCCUGUUUUCCCCUUUUUCAUUUUCACGAACCAUUGCAAAUUAUUCACAUAUAUCAGCUCUAUGAUUUGGAUAUCCCAUUUUUAGGUCAUUAUUCUGCAUCUUUGCCAAAAUAGGGGUUUCAAUCUUUCCAUUAAUAUCCUCCUCCUCCACUCUGACUGUCUCACACUUCUCUUUCUCUUUUCCAUUUCUUAUUAAUUUGCCGAUUUUGAUCCCUUGUUUGUGGAAAUACAGGAUUAUCGCUUGAUUUUGUAUCUGCAAUUUGCACUUGUUCGUGCGAUUUCUUAUUAAGGUUGUUGUUGCUAUAUAGUAUUAGGAAAGAUCGCUUUUUUAUAAUAUAUAUAUAUCUAAUAAUGAUGUGUGAUUUGAUUCUUAUAAUGAUGGAAAUCAUGUAGUAAAGCUAAUUCUACAUAUAUCGUAAGGAAUGAUUGGUUACGUGAAAAUGAUAAAGGUGUAUAGAAGUGUGGUUGUGAACUUGAAGGAUGGGAAGGGUAAAGCUCAAGAUACAGAGAUUGGAGACUCUGAACAGCCGCCAGGUUACCUAUGGAAAACGAAGGGCUGGAAUCUUGAAAAAGGCCCAAGAAAUUUCUGUUUUAUGUGACAUUCCCAUUGUACUUAUCAUGUUUUCUCCAUCUGGGAAGCCAUCUAUAUUCUGCGGUCAACGAAGCAACAUUGAUGAAAUGAUAGCAAAAUAUGCUCAACUUACACCAAAAGAAAGGGCAAAGAGGAGGUUGGAGAGUCUUGAAACUUUAAAAAGAAACUUCAAGAAGCUUGACCAAGAUGUUGAUAUAGAGGAGUUUCUUGAUGCAAGUACUCCAUCAAUUGAGGAAAUGCAAAACCGAGUCACGACUCUUCAAGCUCAACUUGCUGAAGCACAUGAAAGAAUAAGAUGGUGGAGUAAUCCCGACACUAUUGAAGAUAUUGAACACCUAGAUCAGAUGGAAAAUUCUCUCCGCGAAUCGCUGAAUAGGACCCACAUAACCAAGGAAAAGAUUUUUAAGGAACCGCUUAUUCAGUUUGACUGCACAAGCCAGGUGUGUGGAGACUUUGGUAGUGUUUACGAGCAAGAACUUCCCAAACCACAGUUUGCAAACAGCAUGCAAUUUCCCUUGGCUACAAGCAGUGAUCAGGACUGUGUAAACCAGUCAUGGCUUCCCGGUGGAGAGGGUCAGCAUAUGAUGCUAUCGGGCGAACCCCAGUUCCUAGGUAGUCGAGAUAUGGAAUGCUCGGAUUACUUCCCCAAUGUGAAAGAACAGGAUCUUGAAAAUUCAAGAGAGAUGAAAAAUGAAAGAAGACUAGACUUGUUGUCCGUUGAUGAUUACUCUUAUUCUGCUCACAUGCGACCGCCUCUUGGCGAUCAAUAUCCCUAUAAUUCGUUUGGAAAUUUAAGUUUUCCUGACUUGAUUGAACCCGGAAAGGAUGUAAAUUUUCAACUGAGUAGCUUGGGUUACCAGAUAAACGGGAAUUUUGACUUUCCACAUAGUUUGGUUCCUAACGCUGGUCCGUGUGCCAUUUCCAUGCUAGACGAUAACUCUUAUCAUCCGCCUCCCGACUGCUCCAGCAAUUGAAACGAAGUCUGGUUCGUACGCAGCUUGCUCGAGUUUACUGGAGUUGAGACAAUGCACGUAGCUAAGUUUGUUAUAACCCUCUCAUGCCAGCAAAGAAGAUUAUUAACAAGUUGG